ACAUCAGUUUCACGCGCUCCCCAAGGUGGUGCUCAACAGUCUGCCCCUCCUCAAAGUCCAGUCAUCCUCUUUACUCCUUUGAGACCAUUUAAUAAUCCUGUUCAGACACCUGCCUCAGUUCCUAUCCAACCUACUGCUCCACGUGUUGUACCAGCUGCUCCCUCCCCCGCUCCUUCCCCAGUUAUUCCUCAAGUCCCUAGUUCUGUCCCUGCUCGUACUUCAUUUAUUUCUUCUGCACCUGCCCCUGCCCCUGCUCCUGCCCCUGCCCCUGUUUCUGCUCCAUUUGUUGCUCCAGCACCUGCCCCUCCUCCAGCACCUGCUCCUGCUCCAUUUGUUGCUCCAGCUCCUUCCUCUGUCCCUGCUUCUGUUUCCCGAACUAAUGCAGCACCUUUCUCUGCUCCCCCUUCAGUCCCACGCAUUUUCCCAAGACCUACGUUUACCAGUAUUCCACUCAAUUUCCCAGCGCCAGCUCCCCAAGUUGCGCCAGCACCUUCACCAUCUUUUGCACCUGCUCCUGCCCCUGCUCAACAAUUUGCUCCAGCACCAACUCCAUUUGCUUCACCAGUGCCCCAAGUUGCGCCAGUACCUUCAACAUCAUUUGCACCUGCUCCUGCACCUGCUCAACAAGUUGCCCCAGCACCAGCUCCAUUUAUUUUCCUAGCUCCCCAAGUUGCUCCAUCACCAUCGCCAUCUUUCGCACCUGCUCCUGUCCCUGUUCAACAAGUUGCCCCAGCACCAGCUCCUUUUCCCAGUCCAAGCUUCGCUCAAGUGGCUGCCCCAGCUCAUUUUGAAGCCCCUGGCUUGGCUCCUCAACUUAACUUGGCUCCUGCUCCAUUUACAGCUUCUGCUCCAGCAUCAGUGCCAGUAUUCAGUUCUGCCCCUGCUGUCGUUCAAGUCCCUGUUCAAGUUCCAUCACCCGUUGCGUUUGCUGCCCCAGCAGCAAGUCCAGCUUUUAUCCCAGCAGUUACCCACAUCCAAAACGUUCCACAGUUUUCCUUCCCUCAGUCUCCAGUUCAGCCUAUAGCAACUACACACCAGCAGAGUCCUUUGCAACAGCAGACCAGUGCCCUGUCACUCGAUGGAUUCAGUCAAGGAACAAUCUUUUUCGAUAGUAGAGUAUCACAGGAAGGUGACGACGACGACGACGACGACUAUGAUGACCGAGAUUAAUCAGGAGUAUAUAAAGGGCCUUAUUUAAUCUUUAUUUCCCCUAUUUACCUCAUGCCUACCAAAGAGGAUUAUUUCUUUGCUCAUAUAAAGCGCUUAAAAUGAAUUUAUAAACAAUAUACAACCUGAACUGUCAAGUUUCUGUAUAGUGAAUUUGUUAAUAAACUUGCAUGUUAAUUUCUUAUUUGCCUUUGUUUCAUUCAUCAUAUCCAGACAGCUCAUAAGACUCAGAUUCUCUGUUAGAAAGACAGUAGCAUGAACAGCUGA